AAGACCACCAUCUUCUCAUUUCUAAAUAAACUAUUGCCAUGACAGUGUGUUUGAGAAAAAUUUAUUAGAGAAAGAAAGACAAGCACAAACCCACAUUUUAGCUGGUUAGAGAGAAAAAUACAGAACCCCACAGCUCCCCCAAGAACUUGACGCACCCCAAAUCAAGGCAAACACUCACUAGCAUCCAUAAAAACCAUGAAUCCAAGAUAAAGAAACAGUUCUUGUUCUUGAUCUUUCUUCUUGUUCAUAUCCUAAAUCAAGUCUGUCUAGUUCUUUCUUUUUAUACUCCUAGCUAGGGCUUGGAGUUUUGAUCAGUCAUUAGUUUCUUCCUCAUUUAAUACUUACUAUAGCUAGCUACUUUACUUUAGUUCUUUAUUUUGUAAAUCGUUAUCUCUUUAAUUACUUGUGUUAACAUAGAUCGUCAAUAUUUGUUGCUUCCUUCUUUGAUCUAUAUAUAUUCGUUACUUAUACAGUAUCUAGAUGUCUCCUAUUUAGCACUAUAUAUCCGUAUAAGACAAUAUAUAUAUAUAUCAAUCUUUAGUUCAUAAGUUCCUAAGGAAGGAGAGGACCUUCUUGUCUUGUGAGUAAUAUAGGUUUUUAACCAUCUUGUUUGUGAUCCUUUGACAACCAUGGCAAACCGGUGGUGGACAGGGCAAGUGGGAUUGCCGGGGAUGGACACAUCAACCAGUUCAUCAUCUCCAAUGAAAAAGCCAGAUCUAGGUAUAUCCAUGUCCAACAACAAUAGAGAAGCAACCGAGAGUGGUGCUGGCAAAGAAGAUGAGCAAGAAGACGAAAGAGAAAAUAGCGACGAGCCUAGAGAAGGCGCUAUAGAUAUCGCCUCUCGCCGCCCUAGAGGCCGUCCACCAGGGUCCAAGAACAAGCCUAAGCCACCAAUUUUCGUUACUCGAGACAGCCCUAAUGCACUCAAGAGUCAUGUGAUGGAGAUAGCUAGUGGAUCUGAUAUAGCUGAAAAUUUAGCUUGUUUUGCAAGGAAGAGACAAAGAGGAGUUUGUGUGCUUAGUGGAAGUGGUAUGGUAACCAAUGUAACCCUCAAGCAACCUUCUGCCUCAGGUGCUGUUAUGGCUCUCCAUGGUAGGUUUGAGAUUUUGUCACUCACUGGAGCGUUCUUGCCUGGACCAGCCCCACCUGGAGCGACAGGACUAACUAUAUAUUUAGCCGGAGGGCAAGGACAAGUGGUAGGAGGCAGUGUGGUAGGAUCACUAGUUGCAUCAGGACCGGUAAUGGUUAUUGCUGCAACAUUUUCAAAUGCUACUUAUGAGAGAUUGCCACUAGAAGAUGAAGAGGAAGGCAGUGGCGGCGCACAAGGGCAGCUCGGUGGCGGCAACGGUAGCGGUGAGGGUAAUGGUGGGGGCAUGGGGGAUCCAGCAACAUCAAUGCCAGUUUAUCAAUUGCCAAAUAUGGUGCCUAAUGGACAAUUGAACCAUGAAGGAUAUGGGUGGGCUCACGGCAGACCACCCUAUUAGCUAGGAAUUGCUACAAUUGAGAUAAAAAGGAAUGAGAGAGGAUUCGUACAAGAAAGGGAUUGAUUUAGAGCUGAUAAGGGUAUACAUGUUCAGAGAUAAUAGGGCAAGAUAGGAUGAAUAAAUAAAGAUAUUAAUGGUCUUUAAUAUCUUGUGUAUUUUCCUACUAUGAUUUUUCUUUAAUAUUUGCAUCACUUUGGAGUUUAUUA